AUGACCACCUACUCUGGCAUUGUUAAAAGAGUCCAACUUUUUCUGAGUGUAGAUCAGAUAGUUCUGUAUUUAGUGAGACUGCUGAUGGGGGCACUGAUAGGAUUUCUAACCAUUGGCUGUGUCAAUGGCCAGUGGCUGAUCCGGAAAAUGAAUUCCCCAAGAUUAUUUUUCACCAUCAUUAUGUUUGUUGCAGUCAAAGAAAUAGAGUGUGAGGUGAAAACAAUAUAUUUUUGUCCUGAUCAGAGUGCAAAAAUAUAUUGCAAUGUUACCAGUGAUUUCACCAAAUUAUACUGGAAAAACUCUACAGAUUAUGUUGUAGCAUCACAGACUGUUAAUGUGGACAAAAAUGCCAAAAAAAGUAUACAUAAAACAUACUCCUUAUCUGACCGAUUUGAAGUCCAAGGAUUAUCAUUGAAAAUAGCAUUUCCAAAGGAUGGUGAACAAUUCUAUUGUGAUGUUGUAUCGAGGAAAAAAGAAAAAAAACAGCAUUUUACUCUAGUCGAGUACAGUGAACCUUAUCCUGAUGAUGUGUGCAGUUCACCAAAAGACACUAACAAAACAAAAAGCAGGCAGUUGAGAAGCAGUGGAACCAACAAAAUUACCCGGGAAAUUAAUGAAACAAACUUUGUAUGCAUAAAUGGAAGAACUAUUUUAAAAUGUGAUAACGGGCAACACGAUAGGCCUAUCGCAGAGUACUGGGAAGAUAGAUAUGGCAAAUUGAUUGUGUCUAAUGUGGAUGGGAGACUAUCAAAUACGUCCGAUGCCAGAUAUGUAUUUAACCAUAUGAAUUCCACAUUGUUAGUCCAAAAUCUAUCAGAAUGGGAUCAUCUAUUUGUUUGCAAAACUGUCUACAAAAAUGAGGAUAUCAUAAAACGUUUCAAUUUACUGGAAUAUGGUACACCAAAAGACAGCUUUUUUGAGGGAUUUGAAAACAAUAAAUGUGAAGUAGAUGCAAAUGAAAAUGGCCAGGUCACUGUAACAUUCACGGUGGCUUCUUUCAGUCCGAUGGAUGCAGUAACUGUAGAUUGUGAACUGAAUGGAGAGCGUAUUGAUACAAACCCGCAGUAUAAUGUAACCGAUGACGGGAAUUUUAUUUUACAAAUUUUUAUAGAUAGGAACAUCGAAUGGA